UGGUUUCCCAAUCGGAACCGUCCACUUGUCCCUUCCCUGAUCAGCUGGGCAAGUCGUAGUGGGAUUUAAUCCUCGUUGUAGACCCCGAACAAAAUUGUUGUUUUGUAUUAUGUCCUCUAACAAUAUGGCAGAUCCACGACGACAGAACAAAAUAUUUCGCUACAAGGCCCCCAGCACAGAGAGCAACCCCACCAUGGAGGACCCCACUCCUGACUACAUGAACCUGUUGGGCAUGAUCUUCAGCAUGUGUGGACUGAUGCUCAAGCUGAAGUGGUGUGCGUGGAUCGCAGUGUACUGCUCUUUCAUCAGUUUUGCCAACUCCCGUAGCUCAGAAGACACAAAACAGAUGAUGAGCAGUUUCAUGUUGUCCAUCUCAGCCGUGGUGAUGUCCUACUUGCAGAACCCCCAGCCCAUGUCUCCGCCCUGGUAGUGCCUGGAGACCCUGGGCCCCCACCCCCGAUGCUGCCCCUGGCCCCUCCGCAGGUCACACAAGUACAGAAGAUGCUGAGAGAGAUGAGUGAGAGAGAGAGCCAUAGCAUUGGAAACAGAGAGGAGACAGACGGACCAGCCAUCUACUAAGCUGCAAGGAAGGGGGGUUUAGAGGACAGACACAGACACAGACACAGACACAGACACAGACACACGCACACAUGCACACAAACACACACACAAAGCUACCCACUGAGCUGCUGUGAAAAGAAGGGUUCAGGGUAGACACACGCGCACACACACACACACACACACACACACACACACACACACACACACACACACACACACACACACACACACACACACACACACUGAUCCAUGAAGUGAAGUCAGAGUCUACCGCAGAGAGCGGACUUGCUCCAGUGACUGUUGCUAGCCGACGUUGGCUACACACACACACUGAGAUGGACUGCUUUGUUUCAUUUUUCAAGAUCUUUACCACACCAUUUAAAAUAAAAUGCUGUUUUUAAUGUCAA